UUUGCCUUUUGAUGUGUAUAUACAUAUAUACAUAAUACAGUCACGUCUUAAUCCCUUCCAGGGAAGACAGUGCCAACAGUCUUGAAAAGAUUUAAAGAUUUGAUAUGUCAUUCAGCUAAACUAUCAAUUACCACUGUUGACUUUGGUUUCCAACGUCUGUCUAAAUUUGACGCGCCUUCUGUGGCGCAGGGGUAGUACGAUUGUCUGUGACGCAGUAGGUCCUGGGUUCGAAUCUCGGCCAGGGCAUGAUAAGAAACGAACUUUUCUUGAUUGGCCUGUGCCUUGGAUGUUUAUCUAUCACCCAUCCCCGUUUAGGCCGCGCGAGGCGUCAUCUGGUGUCACAUCAACGUCACAACACAAUUGGUCUCGUCUUUCCACAUCAGUGACUUGCAGAGUACGUACAUUAUCACGGAGAAACAUCGAAACAAGCAAUCAUGCCUGAACAAAAACCCACGUUAAAGUUGGAGGCGGUGUCGCGAGUCGCCGCUAUACCCAUCGUCGAGUCGGGGAUCGAUGUCACUGAGAAGAUCUAUCACAGGAUCAAGCAAUCGAACCCCCUGUUCCGCUGGUAUCUCUCCCUGGGCGAGAGGUCCCUGGCGACCGGGGCCCAGCUGGCCCUUCCAGCGGUGAUGCUGCUGGAGAGUCCCAUCCACCAGCUGGACAGGUUCCUCUGCAAAUCCCUGGACAUCGUGGAAAAGACCGUCCCGUCUAUAUAUUUGCCUCCUCAGACGAUGUACUCGGAAACCCGGCAGUAUGUGCUCCGUCGCGCGGACUCCGUCAAGCAGCUGGGCACGGCCGUGCUGGACUCGCGCGUGACCGCCGUGACCGCCACAGCGCUGGACAGGGCGCUCACCACCGCGGACAAGUACGUCGACAAGUACCUGCCGCCUGACCACCAGGACGCCAAUGAUGUGGUGAUAAUAGUGACGGGGCCCGAGGCGGACGUGGAGGGGGGGUCGGGGCGGGCGCGCGCGGCGCAGGCCGUGCAGCACGGCGCGCGGCUCCGGCGCAAGCUGCAGCGGCGGCUCACGAGGCAGGCCCUCGCCGAGGCCAAGGCUAUUAAGGAGCAGAUCCACGUGUUGGUCUACGUUGCUGAGCUGGUGGCGACCGACCCCGCACUCGCCUGGAAGAAAGCUAAGGAGUUGUACGCAUCCCUUAGUCGCCCAGAGCCUGAGAACCAGGCUAGGCCGGCGACACUGGAAGAGUUGACAGUUUUGUUGGCCAGGGAGACGGCUCGCAAGGUUGUCCACCUCGUCAACUAUACGCACACGGAUUUGCCCAGGAAUGUGCGUCAAGGCCUGUCAGUGGUGAGCAGUCACCUGUCUUCGGCCGCCGACGCCCUGCUGAAGACGAUGCCAGUGGAGACAGCUAUGACGGAGGUGAGGGAGUGGCGCGGUAAGCUGCGAGCUCUGCUGCAGCAGCUGCAGGCCACCUCCAAGACCUACCUGGAGCACCUUGCUAUCUUUUUGGCGGGAAACGAGGAGAGAGAAAAAAUUACCCCGCGAUCUGCGUACGAGCACAGAGACGACCUCGCGUCCAUCAACGGAGUCAAUUGAAUCAGCCCCUCUAGGAGAUAUAGCUUUAUGGAGAAGCUGCUUGAUCUGAUUAAAUAAAUUACAAUUUUUGCCAUAGCCAGUUGUCUUUGCCAAUAAAAAUAAAUGAAAUGUAAAAAAAACACAAAAUUCAAAUAAGUAAUUGAUUUUCUACCUACGUUGAAAUAUUGUACUUUAUUUAAUCAGAAGUAAUUAUUGUCGUUAAAAUGAUUUAUGUUUUUAUUUAUUGAUUAAAAUUUUGGCAUCUUAGAAUUGGUGGUUGUUAUAUGCCUAUCAAUUUACCAAAAAAAAAAAUGCGCUGAAUGGUCAAACGUGACUAGAAGGGAAAACUUUUGGAGGGAAAUUCUUCGUUCGUUUUAUUACGUGAUCUGAUUUAAUUUAUCUAAAUAUAAGCAAUGAUCGUUAAUUAACAUGUUAAAUUUAUGUUCAAUUUCAAACCCUAUUAUACGUAUUACUUUUACUAAGUGCCUACUUAUGUAAUUCUUAUAACCUUCUUUAAUUUUAAUUUCGACUGUUAAUUAAAACCUAAUCAUUAAUAAUUAAUCGUAAAAUAUACUUAUAACGCAUAGAAUUUACUAAUUUAGCUUUAAAUUAGAGAAUAAUUUAGCUUUAAAAUAUUAAAAAUUUUAUAGCGAGCUAAUAAUUUACAGUUCAAUUGUGUAUUUUUGAUGAUUGUUAUUUUGUUUUUUAUUAUUUUCUUAUUAUAUAAAAUAAAUAAAAGACGUAACGUAAUCGAUUAAUUAUAAUG